AUGACGGGGUCGGAACAGGCGGUUCCGAUGGUGGAGAAGGUGGAGACGAUGCCGACGGUGAUCUCUGAGGAGGGGAGAGAUAGUUUGGCGGCCGAAAAGACCGUGGUGAAUAAGGUUGUGUCUGCAAAAGUAGGGUUAGAUAAGGAGGAUGUUGAUCGGCGAUCUCGUGAGUCAUCUCCGAGCAAGGAGAGUGCUGAUCCGGUUCAUGUUCAUGCUAAGGGAGUCGAGUUGGAGAAGGGAAAGUCCUGGUCAGCAGUUGUUGCAGACAAGGCGAGAUUGAGAAAGUACGAUGUCGUGGUGGAAAACGAGGAAGGUGUGAACACUAUUCAUGUGCCAGAUGAUGUGUUUGAGAAUGCUCCUCCACUAUGGGAGGAUACUAUUGUGGGGAAGUUCGUUUCGGCUGCGCCUCAUGUGGGUUACAUUCAUAUGACGGUGAAUAAGAUAUGGACUUCGGGUGAUAAGUCUCUGAAGAUUGAUGUCUUUGUUGUUGACGAUACCACAGUCAAAUUCAAAAUACCUGAUGCAUCUACUAGAUCACGGGUUCUUCGAAGAGGGAUGUGGAGUAUCAAAAACAUACCGAUGAUGGUAUCCAAAUGGAGCCCGGUGGUAGAGGAAGCUCAGCCAGCUAUACAAGUGCUACCUAUGUGGGUUGUACUUCGGAACGUUCCUCGUUCGAUGUUUUCAUGGAAGGGGAUUAGUUUUUUUGCGAGUCCUUUAGGGGAACCAAAAAAACUUCAUCCUGAUACACUCUGGGCAAAGAAUUUUGAGGAAGCACGAGUGUUUGUGGAAGUGAAUCUUGAUCAGAAGCUCCCGGAAAGCUUUAGUUUUAAAUCAAAGACUGGAGUUGACACUGUGGUUAAUACGAGUUCCCGUGGCUCCCUCCAAGUGAAAGUGGGAAACACUAAUGCGGGUAAGGAGAUCGAUCGGUUGACAGUUCAUUCAGCGGGUGAGAAAUCGAGGGUUCAGGGGGUGGAGCUACCAGGGAAAAGUGUUGCUAAGGAGGGAAUGGGGAAUGCACCAGGAGGAGAAGUGGUAACAAUUGCUCCUCUAGGAACACAAAGUGAGGGUCGUGCAAAUGGUUCAGUUGAUGUGGCAGCGGCUUCCACAGAGUCUUUAACUGAUAGUUUGAAAACUUGUGCGGAAGCGAUUUGGCAAGAAGUAAAGUCUCCUGCUUCUAGAUUUGCUUCGCUUGAUCAAGAGGAAGGGGAAAUAAAUGAAAGUGCAGAGAGUGUACGUUGGGAAACAGAACCUGAGAAUGAGCUUGCAGAUUCAAAGGUUGUUGCGGAGAAGGAUCCAAGCAAUGGAGGUCGGGUUCAGCUUCCAAGAGGGUCUAAGUCGGCGCUUAAAGUUGUUAAGCCUAUUGACAAGCUUGCUUCUAAUUCGUCUUCUCCAAAGAAUUCGGGUAAGAAGACUAGGAAGAGGUUUGGAGGGUUGAUAGAAACGAGAGUCAAAGAAGAGAAAGCAAAGGAAAUAGUUGCAAAAGUUUUUCCGGGGUGGUCAUUUAUCAGUAACUAUGAUCAUCACCGGCUUGGUAGAAUCUGGUUGGUAUGGAAGGAUUCAGUAAGUAUGACUCCAGUGUUCAAGAGUAGUCUAGUGAUUACUCUGUUAGUGAAGACUCAAACUCAAGACGAGGAAUUUUUAUGCAGCUUUGUUUACGGUUCGAAUUUUGCGGAGGAUAGAAAGGAGUUGUGGAGUGAUCUCAGGGCUCACUUUACAUCACCAAUAUAUCGAAGAUUGUGCUGGGUGAUAAUGAGAGAUUUCAAUGAAAUUCUUUCUAUUACUGAGCAUUCUUGUCAGGAUUUACGAGCAGUCUCGACAUCAGGAAUGCAGGAUUUUCAGGAUCUAGUUCGGGAUGGAGAUCUAAGUGACAUGGGAUAUCAUGGACCUCUUUUCACUUGGGGAAAUAAGAGGAAUGAAGGACUUGUUUGUAAGAAAUUGGAUAGGGUUUUGAUCAAUGACCAUUGGCUCAAUGGUAACUCGAGAUCAUACUCUGUUUUUGAAUCCGGGGGCUGCUCAGAUCACAUGCGGUGUAGGUUCUAUAUUGAUGGGGAAAGUGUUCGGCUGAAAAAGCCUUUCAAAUUUUCGAAUGUGAUUGCAAAGCAACCUGAGUUCCAAUCGGCGUUGAGAGAUUAUUGGGGAGACACAACGCCUUUAUUCCACUCUACAUCUGCACUUUACCGGUUUUCAAAAGAGCUAAAGAAUCUGAAGCCAGUUGUUAGGCACUUUUCUCGGGAAUCUCUGCAUGUUAUUUCGAAGAAAGUUCGCGCAAAUUUUGAGUUGUUAUGUCAAAAGCAGGAGCAGACUCUCUCAAACCCCUCGGAGCUGGCUCAGCAAGAGGAGAGUGAAGCUUGUCUCAAAUGGGAAAAAUCGGUGCAUUUGGAGGAAAUGUAUCUAGCUCAGAAGGCGAAGCUGAAUUGGCUGCAACAUGGGGAUAAAAACACAAAAGUUUUUCACCGUGCAGUGAAGGUUAGAGCAGCUAGAAAUGGUAUCCGUGAGUUACAAUCGGUGGAGGGGACUGUAAUUAAAGAUGCAAAUGCGAUCAAGGCCGAGGCAGUUCAACAUUUCGAUUUGUUUAUGAAUCAUCGACCAGAUGAUCUUCGACAAACGACGAUUGCAGAGAUGAGGGGGUUACUAAAGUUUCGAUGCUGUCAGAGCGAUCAGAGGAAACUUGUUGCAGAGGUCACCGCAGAGGAAAUAAAAAGAGUUCUCUUUGAAAUGCCUGCGAAUAAAUCCCUUGGACCGGAUGGUUACACGGUGGAAUUUUUCAAGGAGUGUUGGUCAAUAGUUGGACAGGACUUAGUGGUGGCGAUACAAUCGUUUUUCAUCAAAGGGUUUCUUCCUAAGGGUGUUAAUUCCACAAUAUUGGCUUUAAUACCCAAGAAAGACCAAGCUCUGUUCAUGAAAGAUUACAGGCCUAUAGCUUGUUGUAAUGUAAUCUACAAGAUUGUCUCUAAGAUUUUGGCGAAUCGUCUCAAGACAUUGCUUCCUCAGUUCAUAUUGCCCAACCAGUCUGCUUUUGUUAAAGACCAUAUCUCAAAGGCGUUUGAUUCGGUUGAGUGGAGCUUUCUUCUAACAGUUCUUGAAGCAAUGGAUCUUCCGCAAGGAUUUAUUCACUGGAUUCGAUUGUGCGUCUCGUCAGCUUCUUUUUCUGUUCAGGCUGCUGUGGAAAGAAAUUUUGGUUUUCACCCAAAGUGUUCUACUCUCAAGCUUACUCAUCUAUGUUUUGCGGAUGAUAUAAUGAUUUUUUUGGAUGGGAAGUUGUCCUCAAUGGAAGGAAUCGUAGGGGUUUUCGAGGACUUUGCAAAGAUGUCAGGACUGCAAAUAAGUAUGGAGAAAUCUACAGCUUUUCUUGCUGGUGUUUCUGAACCUGAUCGUCAAACUCUCGGUCAAAGAUACAGAUUUGAGCAAGCAAGACAGCUUUCAUUCGCCGGUCGUCUUCAACUGGUUUCGUCAGUCAUCGCCAGUCUUGUGAACUUUUGGAUGCAAGCUUUCCGAUUACCAAAAGGAUGUUUGGAUAAAAUCGAUAGUUUGAGCUCUGCUUUUCUGUGGUCAGGACCGGACUUAAAACCAAGGAAAGCCAAGAUAGCUUGGUCGGAAGUCUGCAAAUCGAAGCAGGAUGGAGGGAUGGGCCUGAGGAAUCUAGUUGUUGCAAAUGAUGUUUGUAUUCUGAAAUUGUUUUGGAGGAUAGUCACUACAAAGCAAUCAUUAUGGGUUCGAUGGACAGAAGUAAAUCUAAUGAGAGAUGGUUCGGUGUGGCUUACUCCACCUCCUACUACCCAAUAUACGGGAUCAUGGAUGUGGAAGCAAAUACUGCACAUUAGGCACCUCGCAGAGGCAUUUCUAAGAGUGCGAGUUGGUAAUGGUAGAUCGGCCUUGUUCUGGUACGACAAUUGGUCGUCGCUUGGGAAUCUAUUAAAUUUGUUUGGAGCCCAAGGCUGUGUCGACUUGGGAAUUCCCCACACGGCAACAGUUGAGGACGCAAUACUAUCGCAUCGAAGACGAAGGCAUUGA